AUGGAAGAGGUCUCGAUGUCACGAGGGGAGCAGUUCCGCCUGCGGCGGGUGCUCAGCUCCAGGCUUUUUCGGCGGGGCGGCAAGACGUGGAACACGCUGGGCGGGUUCGACAUCUUCGACGCCAAGGCGCCCAGCAGGGUCAUAGACCCCCUGAGCCUGUCGUACCGCAUGUGGUGGUACCUCACCACCGCGUGCGCGGUCGUCACGGCGCUCUUCACGCCAUGGGAGGUGGCCUUCGACGAGUACCCGGGACUGAGGCCCUACGAUGAUGUGGAAGCGGUUGUGGAGUUCGCACUGACGGCAGUGUUCGUCGUUGACAUCCUUGUUCAGUUCAACCUGGCCUUUGCUAGAAAGAAUGGAACAAUCGAGUACUCCAGAAGGGAAAUUGCAUGGCAGUAUCUGAGGUCCAAGUUUUGGAUCGAUGUUAUCGGAGUCUUCCCCUUUGGAGCAAUUGCAGAGGUGCUUUACAGUGGAUUCGGGGAGACAACACUGCGAUACUUGGCCUUGUCCAGGCUUUUGAGGCUGGUCCGACUCCAUCGCGUUUUCCGCUUCUUCCGCCUGCUUGAAAUAAACCUGACGCUCAGCAGACUGGCCAUGACGCUGAUGAGGAACUUGACUAUAGUUGUGCUGUCGACACACAUCGCUGGAUGCUUGUUUUAUUUCAUUUCUCGGCAGCAUGGCCUGUUCGAUCUCUGCGACUUGGAUGAUGGCGGCACCACAUCCUGCUCAGCUGAGGACACCUGGAUCGGCUCCACGGUGGACCUUUUGGACCUGUCCCGCACAGAGAAGUACAUAUAUUCCCUCUACUGGUCUAUCACAACGAUGACUACUGUGGGCUAUGGAGACCUGUCGCCAAAGAACACCGCCGAGGUUGUAUUCGCAAUGGUGUACAUGUUGUACAACAUGGCCCUCGUUGCGUACAUUUUGGGUACCAUUACCCUGCUGGUGGUGAGGGCGGAUGAGUCCACAGGGGAGCUGCGGGAGUGCUACAGGAACGUCACAUCCUUUGCUAGGCUCAACAACUUGCCUGGAGACCUGCAGAAGUCACUGAAGGACCAGAUGCAAUUCAAUUUGGCCCAUCCAGAAGUUGAGGACGACUUUGUGCUGAAAGGAUUGCCUGCUGGCCUCAGGAGGCGUGUGCUAAAAGAGCUGUAUGUGGACAAACUCAAGGCAACACCAACUUUCCGGGAGUGCUCCGAGAAGUUCCUGACAGCGUUGACUGCGAACGUGCGUGUGGAUACCUACCUGCCGUACCAGCUGAUCUUCGAUGAGGGUGACCUGGUCCAAGAACUGCACCUGAUGGUCGAUGGUGAGGCGGUAAAGAAGCAGGCUGCACCUCCGUGCAGUGGAUGGGCUGGACCUGCCAAGGAGAUGGGCGGGCUUGGGAGGGGAGACCUGUUCUGUCCAGAGGCCUUCUACAGGGGCACACCAGCACCAUGGGCUGCGCACACAAGGAGCAUAUGUAGGGUGCUGGUGAUCCCCAAGGACGCAUUUGACACUGUGUGUGAGCAGUUCCCUGAAGAUUCGCGCAUUGUGAACAGUAACAUCACGAAGCACUGCAAGUACCUGCCAAGCUCGCCAAGCACCCGUGGCCUCCUCAAAAGAGACACACCGAAUGGCACACGCUCCAUCCAGGAGCCUCUGCUGAGCACAGGAACUUCUUCGGGAGACAGCCCUGUUGACCAAUCAGAGAGCACCCGCAAGCUGCUCAAGGGGCACCGCCGAGGACGGUCACUGGAGAUGCUCGCAAAUUCUCCUGCGGCAGCAGCUGGGGCCCAGAAGAAUGACGAUGACAUGACCGUCCCGCGCAGCCCUCUGUCGUACCAGCCGCUGAAGGACGGCCUCAAUGUCGGCAGAUUGCAGAGCAGCCCGACUCAAUAA